AUGAUUCGAAUCGCAGCCUUAAAUGCUAGCUCCACGGUUGAAGACGAUCAUGAAGGAAGCUGUAAAAGUCACAAGACCCAGACAAAGGAGGCGCAGGAAGCAGAGGCUUUUGCCUUGUACCACAAGGCCCUGGAUCUGCAGAAGCAUGACCGAUUUGAGGAGUCCGCCAAGGCCUACCACGAGCUGCUGGAGGCACGCCUGCUGCGGGAGGCGGUCCCGUCUGGCGAUGAGAAGGAGGGGCUGAAGCACCCUGGGCUGAUGCUGAAGUACUCCACGUACAAGAACCUGGCGCAGCUGGCUGCCCAGCGGGAGGACCUGGAGACGGCCAUGGAGUUCUACCUGGAGGCGGUCAUGCUGGACUCCACAGACGUCAACCUCUGGUAUAAGAUUGGACACGUGGCCCUGAGGCUCAUCCGGGUGCCCCUGGCUCGCCACGCAUUUGAGGAAGGGCUUCGGUGCAACCCUGACCACUGGCCCUGCCUGGACAACCUCAUCACUGUCCUGUACACCCUCGGCGACUACACCACAUGCCUGUAUUUCAUCUGCAAGGCCUUGGAGAAGGACUGCUGCUACAGCAAGGGGCUGGUGCUCAAGGAGAAGAUCUUCCAGGAGCAGCCGUGCCUCCGCCAGGACUCCCUCCGCAUGUUCCUCAAGUGUGACAUGUCCAUCCACGAGGUGUCAGUGAGCGCAGCCGAGUCACAGGCCAUCGUGGAUGAGGCCCUGGGGCUGCGGAGGAAGCGGCAGGCGCUGACGGUGCGCGAGAAGGAGCCGGACCUGAAGCUGGUGCAGCCCAUCCCCUUCCUCACCUGGAAGUGCCUCGGCGAGAGCCUGCUGGCCACGUACCGCCACCUCACCACCUGCGAGCCCCCGCGGCCCAGCCUCGGCAAGAGGGUCGACCUGUCUGACUAUCAGGACCCCGGACAGCGCCCCUCUUCUCCCGAGGAGGCGGCGCCCGUCAGCGUGCUCCAGCCACGCCCCGCCAGCGCCAGCCCCGCUGCCUGUGCAGCGGAGCCCCUGCUGUCGUUCACCCCCGUGCCCGCGGCCAGCUUCCCGCCGCACAGCCCCAGCCUGCUGGAGACGGGCGCCCCCACUGGUGAUGUCUCCGGGGGAGAUAAAUCCAAGAAAGGGGUGAAACGGAAGAAGAUUUCCGAGGAGAGCGGGGAGACAGCGAAGCGGCGGUCUGCCCGCGUCCGAAACACCAAGUGCAAGAAGGAAGAGAAGGUGGACUUCCAGGAGCUGCUGCUGAAGUUCCUGCCGUCCAGGUUGAGAAAGCUGGACCCUGAGGAGGAAGACGACCCCUUUAAUAGCUACGAAGUCCCUCCAGAGGCCAGGCUGGAGAGCUUCCCCAGUGCGGGGCCCCACAGGCUGUCCUCCGACUCGGCCACAUUCAUGGAGUCCGAGAAGCAGGAUGUGCACACCUUCCUGCUGGGGAACCUGAGCAACGGGGGCAUCUUGGAGCUGAUGAUGCGCUUCCUGAAGAGCAUGGGCCGCAGGUUCCUGCUACGCUGGCCGCCCGGCCUGGCGGAGGUCGUGCUCAGCACCUACCACAACUGGCGGCGGCACAGUGCCAGCCUGCCCAACCCGCUGCUCAGGGACUGCAGCAACCGGCACAUCCAGGAGAUGAUGCUGAUGUCCCUCUCCUGCAUGGAGCUGCAACUGGACCAGUGGCUGCUGACCAAGGGCCGGAGCUCUGCAGUGUCUCCUCGGAACUGCCCUGCAGGCGUGGUGAAUGGCAGGUUCGGACCCGACUUCCCAGGGGCCCACUUCCUGGGGGACCUCCUGCAGCUGUCGUUUGCCUCAUCCCAGCGGGACCUGUUUGAGGAUGGGUGGCUGGAGUUUGUGGUCCGUGUGUACUGGUUGAAGGCUCGAUUCCUGGCGCUGCAGGGAGACAUGGAACAGGCCCUGGAGAACUACGCCAUCUGCACAGAGCUGCUGCAGGGCGCAGCUGCCUCGGGCGCCGAGCAGGGAACCGUGGUCGUCCGCCUGCCCAACCUGCACAACGACUCGGUGGUCUCUCUGGAGGAGAUUGACAAGAACCUGCGGUCGCUGGAGCGGUGCCAGUCUCUAGAGGAGACGCAGCGGCUGUACGAGGCCGGCGACCACCGUGCUGUCGUGCGCCUGCUGCGCCCCACCUUGUGUCCCAGCGGAUUCGACCGCGCCAAGCACCUGGAGUUCAUGACGUCCGUGCCCGAGAGGCCGGCCCAGCUGCUGCUGCUGCAGGACUCCUUGCUCCGGCUGGAGGACCACCGGCAGUGCUUCGAGUGCUCCGAUGUGGCUCUGAAUGAGGCGGUCCAGCAGAUGGUCAAUGCCACCGAGACUGCCGCCAAGGAGGAGUGGGUGGCCACAGUGACCCAGCUACUGCAGGGCAUGGAGCAGGCUCUGUCGGCGGACGGCAGCAUCCUGCAGGACUUGUCCUCCGCCGGUGGCCUCACCCGGCUCACCAACAACCUCAUCCAGGUCAUCGACUGCAGCAUGGCCGUGCAGGAGGAGCCCAAGGAGCCCCACGUGACCUCAGUGCUGCCCUGGGUCAUCCUGUACCGGGUCAUCCGGCAGGAGGAGGACGCCUUCCGCUCCCUGUGCCACCAGCAGCAGCUCCAGAGCCCAGCGGAUGAAGCGUCAGCUGAACCGCCCAUGCUCCCCUCGUCCCUCAUGCUGCUCAACACAGCCCACGAGUACCUGGGCCGGCGGGCCUGGUGCUGUAACUCCGACGGGGCCUUGCUGCGAUUCUACGUGCGCGUGCUGCAGAAGGAGCUGGCUGCGUCCCCCUCGGAGGACACCCACCCGUACAAGGAGGAGCUGGAGACUGCCCUGGAGCAGUGCUUCUACUGCCUGUACAGCCACCCCAGCAAGAAGAGCAAGGCCCGGUACCUGGAAGAGCACUCGGCCCAGCAGGUGGACCUGCUGUGGGAGGACGCCCUCUUCAUGUUCGACUACUUCAAGCCCAAGACCCUUCCCGAGUUUGACAGCUACAAGACGAGCACCGUGUCCGCCGACCUGGCCAACCUCCUGAGGAGGAUCGCCACCAUCGUGCCCCGCGCCGCGCGGCCCGCCCUGAGCCUGGACAGAGUGUCCGCCUACAUCGAGGGCACCUCUGUCGAGGUGCCCUGCCUCCCUGAAGGGGCCGACCCCUCCCCUGCAGUGGUCAGCGAGCUCUACUACCUCCUGGCCGACUACCACUUCAAGAACAAGGAGCAGUCCAAGGCCGUCAAGUUCUACAUGCACGACAUCUGCGUCUGCCCCGACAGGUUCGACUCCUGGGCGGGCAUGGCCCUGGCCCGGGCCAGCCGCAUCCAAGACAGGCUGAACUCCAACGAGCUGAAGAGUGACGGGCCCAUCUGGAAGCAUGCCACGCCCGUGCUCAGCUGCUUCCGGCGGGCGCUCGAGAUCGACAGCUCCAACCUGUCCCUGUGGAUCGAGUUCGGCACCAUGUCCUAUGCCCUGCACUCCUUCGCCUCGCGCCAGCUGAAGCAGUGGAGGCCCGAGCUGCCCACCGAGCUCGUGCAGCAGCUGGAGGAGCGGCGGGACAGCAUGCUGGAGACGGCGCGGCACUGCUUCACGGCGGCGGCGCGCUGCGAGGGCGACGGGGACGAGGAGGAGUGGCUCAUCCACUACAUGCUGGGCAAGGUGGCCGAGAAGCAGCAGCAGCCACCCACCGUGUACCUGCGGCACUACCGCCAGGCCGGCCACCUCCUGCACGAGGAGGCGGCCCGCUACCCCAAGAAGAUCCACUACCACAACCCGCCCGAGCUGGCCAUGGAGGCCCUGGAGGUGUACUUCCGGCUCCAUGCAUCCAUCCUGAAGCUCCUGGGGAGGCCUGAUUCCGGGGUCAGUGCGGAGGUCCUGGUGAGCUUCAUGAAGGAGGCUGCAGAAGGGCCCUUUGCCAGGGGCGAGGAGAAGAACGCGCCGAAAGCCUCAGAGAAGGAGAAGGUCUGCCUGGUGGACGAGGACUCCCGCUCUUCAGCUGGGACACUGCCGGGCCCCGGAGCCCCCCUCCCCUCCUCUGGCCCAGGUCUGACUUCCCCACCUUACACAGCCACUCCGGUUGACCACGAUUACGUCAAAUGUAAAAAACCCCACCAGCAGGCAACGCCGGACGAGCGCAGCCAGGACAGCACGGCCGUGGCGCUCUCGGAUUCCAGCUCCACCCAGGACUUCUUCAGCGAGCCCGCCGGCUCCCAGGAGGGCUCCCGGAGGCCCUGCGCAGAGAAGAGGCUGCCCGCUCCCGGCUCCCAAGCAGGACUGCCUGGUAAAGACCUUCCGGUGGCCACAGAGGAAAGAGGGAGAGCUGAGGAGUCGUCGGAGAGCACGGACGGCUCCCGGGCCACCGAGCAGGGCAGCCAGAAGCCUGCUGCCGACCCCCAGGGCCCCGCCAGCGGCCCCGCCAAGCCCCAGACACCUGGGCCAGCCCCGGCCGACGGGAGGAAGCGGGCGGAGGCGCCUGGGGAGCUGCUGGCCUUCCCGCAGGGGCUGCCUGCCGGGGCGGAGGAGCAGCGGCAGUUCCUCACGGAGCAGUGCGUGGCCUCGCUGCGCCUCUGCCUUGGACGCUUCCCGCAGCACUACAAGAGCCUGUACCGGCUAGCCUUCCUCUAUACCCACAGCAGGACCCACCGGAACCUCCAGUGGGCCCGCGACGUGUUGCUAGGCAGUGGUAUCCCGUGGCAGCAGCUGCGGCACAUGCCGGCACAGGGGCUCUUCUGCGAGAGGAACAAGACCAAUCUCUUCAACGGCAUCUGGCGGAUCCCCGUGGACGAGAUCGACCGGCCGGGCAGCUUCGCCUGGCACAUGAACCGCUCCGUCGUGCUUCUGCUCAAGGUGCUGGCCCAGCUGCGGGACCACGGCACCCUGCUCAAGGUCUCCUCCAUGCUGCAGCGCACCCCGGACCAGGGCAAGAAGUAUCUGCGAGAUGCUGACCGCCAGGUCCUGGCACAGCGGGCCUUCAUCCUCACUGUGAAGGUGCUGGAGGACACGCUGAGCGAGCUCACGGAGGGGUCGGAACGCCCUGGGCCCAAGGCCUGCGGCCUCCCCGGAGCCAGAAUGACCACCGACGUCUCCCACAAGGCCAGUCCCGAGGACAGCAAGGAGGGUCUCCCGCACCCCAAGAAGCCCCCUCUGGCUGAUGGCUCAGGGCCAGGCGCUGAGCCAGGGGGCAAAGUGGGCCCCCUCAACCACCGGCCCCUGGCCAUGGACGCGGGGGAGGGCACAGACCAGGCUGGGGAGCGCAGGGACAAGGAGAGCCCCCGGGCCGGCCCCACUGAGCCCAUGGACACGGGGGACGCUGCUGCCCGAGGCACGGACUCCGAACAGGGGCCGCCGCCCCCGCAGCCAGGCCGCCCCCCGCGGGGCCGGGGCCCUGAGAGCCGGCCCGCCGAGCUGUCCCUGGAGGAGCUCAGCAUCAGCGCCCGCCCGCCUGGCCCGCCCGCCCCCGCCCUGCCCGCGCCCACCACGGCGCCCGCCGCCGCGGCCGGCCCCAGGCCAGGCGCCCGCCCCGCGGAGGCGCCCCCGCGGCCCGGCCGCAAGAGGAAGCUGCUGGAGGACACGGAGCCCGGCCAGACGCUGCUGUUGGACGCCUACCGCGCGUGGCAGCAGGGCCAGAAGGGCCCGGCCCCCGGCCUGGGCCGCGUCGAGAGGGUCAUGGCAGAGGCCUACAUGCUCAUCAGGCAGGUGGAUGAGGAGGCCGCCCUGGAGCAGGCCGUGAAGUUCUGUCAGGUCCACCUCGGGGCUGCCGCCCAGAGGCAGGCGGCAGGGGACACGCCCACCACCCCGAAGCACCCCAAGGACUCCCGAGAGAGCAUCUUCCCCACCACCGCGGCCCCCACAGCCCCUGAGCCCGUGCUGGUGGACGCCCCGCCGCGGCCCAGUGACGGCCACACCAAGCCUCGCCCUGUGCCAGCCACUGCCUCCACCCCAGACCUGGCCAAGGACGCCGGGCCCCCGCGGCCGCACCGGCCCGAGGCCGCCCCCAGCACGUCGUCUCUGCACCCAGGGGGAGAGGAGCCGGCGGGAGGCGCAGAGGGCCCGGGCUUCCCGCCCCAGGAGCCGCGGGACAGCGAGCACCUGAAGAUGGCGGCGGAGGCCGCCCCUCGGACCAGCACCCAGCCCGCCUGCAGCCAGGUGGCCAGCUCCAAGGCGCCUGGCGGUGGUAGUGCCCCGCCCCCCGAGGGCCCCCCGGGCAAGGCUGAGCCUGGCCGGGCCAAGUCGCGCCUGCUGCCCAACAUGCCGAAGCUGGUCAUCCCCUCAUCCACCACCAAGUUCCCCCCCGAGAUCACCAUCACACCGCCCACCCCGACCCUGCUCUCACCCAAAGGCAGCAUCUCGGAGGAGACCAAGCAGAAGCUGAAGUCGGCCAUCCUGUCCGCGCAGUCGGCUGCCACGGUGCGGAGGGAGAGCCUGUGCCAGCCGGCGCUGGAGGCGCUGGAGACGUCGAGCCAGGAGUCGUCUCUGGAGAGCGAGACGGACGACGACGAGGGCUGCAUGGACGUCUGA